AUGAGUAGCCGUGGUUCUGCCGUGAAACGAAUCAUGUCUGAAAUGAAAGAAAUGAGCAGUCAAGAGAAUAUUGAAUUUUCUGCUGCUCCUACAGAGGAUAAUUUAUUUGAAUGGCAUUUCACGCUGAGAGGCCCACAAGAUACUGUGUUUGAGAAAGGAAUGUACCAUGGGAAAAUUAUCCUGCCUUCUGAGUAUCCAUUUAAAGCGCCGCAUGUUAUAUUUCUUACACCAAAUGGGCGUUGGGCACUUGACACGAAGGUCUGUAUUUCAUUUACCGGCUUUCACGAAGAAUCCUGGCAACCAGCAUGGGGUAUUCGGACAGCGUUGCUUGGAGUUCAAGCACUCAUGUCUUCAAAAGAUGACGAAGCUGGUUACGGUGCCGAGAGUAUGAAUGAUGAAGGACGAAAAAUGCUUGCUGAAAAAUCUAUGGCAUGGACUUGCGCUAUAUGUCAAAAGACCAAUGCUGAAAUGCUUCCAGGAGAGCGCGCGAUUCAGUCAACAACAACAAAUGAACUCCCGGGCACCCCUAACAUGACAAAGAUGGAUCGGACAAGUUUACCAGCAAAGGAGCCUUCAAGUGAGACAAAAUCCGACGCAAAAACGGCUCAAAAAGAUGAAAAACACACGACGUAUCGAAAUCAAUGUUUCAUGGACGAGAAGGAAGAAGAACAUGGGCCAUCUACUCAGGUAUCUGAGCCGACCCCACAUCAAUCAAAGCCAGCACCGUCAGACCCAUCGGCAGCUUUUCAAACAUCUUCAAAUCUACCAACUAGUAUAUCCGAAGUGUUACAAACGCGCGUGGAAUCCUAUCGCCGUACGAUAGGUAUGAUUGACACACUUAUGGGACUCAUUUGCGCGAUGCUUUUUCUUAUCGUCUUAAAAAAUCUAUGA